AUGAACCUGGACUCGUUAUCUUUUACUUUAACACAAAUAAAUUAUUUAAUUGUAAAUUUAAAUAAGAAAAAUUAUCGCGACAGUACCGAGGAAAUAUCAGUCUUAGUACGGUGGAAAGGUCUAGAGGCAGACAGACAUUUGUUGCGCUGUUUGUUCUCGCACAUUGACUUUUCUACAGGAGAAACGCCAAACACUAGCUCCAAGGAUUAUUAUCAAGUUCAAUUGCUCAAACAAGAGUGUACAAAUAUCCUUGGAAAACCGUCGUUGGUCUCAAAUCUUUGUUACGCUAUUGACCAUCCUCUCCAUCAUCAAAAGACUUUGAAACCAUCGCUGAAAUUUUUUCUUCACUUACGACGAGUACUCAGUUUAACUCUCGUCCAAGAAAUUGUUUUUGCCAUUGCAUUACAGCACUCAGAAAACGCCGAGUUGAGAUCAUUGGCACUUGAAGAAGUUAAAAAACAACUUCCAGACUUGAUAAAUAAUUACAUACAGUCAGCAGACAGUACUGGCAACAAGCAACAGGAGGACGGGCUUCACGAUUCCUCGCCGGAAGUCUUACAUUUGAUACUCAUUGAAACAUUGAAAGAUCAAAAUUCUUACGGGCUUUCGUUGGAGACUAAAGAAAAAUUUUUGAAAAAUUUGAAACGUGAUUUUCCCCGUGAACUGGUACCAGUGGUGCUAGCACCACUAUUAUAUCCAGGAGACGGGGAAAUUACUCACGACGCCAACUCGUUAGUCGAGUUGAUAAUGGAAUUGGGCUAUGGAUUUACCAACAAUGUAGAAGACUGUCGCGCAGCCUUAACUGGCUUAGGAGCGCGAGAAAUAUCUCCAUUGGCUGCAGCACGCGUCCUGGCUCAUAUGGCACGAACAUACAGUGGGUUAGACGACGCUGGUGGCUUGCAGUCAUUUUGGAGUAUUUCAUCGAACAAUGCUGACGGUAACAAAGAUAAAUCAGACGGUAAUCCAUCAAGUACAUGGAAUGUUGAAGUAUUUGUACAGACAUUAAAAGAAAUUCAGUCAACAUUAUCAUGGAAUGAAGUGAUUGUUAAAUUAGAUCAUCCCGAUUUUCACAUUAAAAAUCGCCAAAGUUUGAAUCUUUUGAUAACUGGUCUAAGACUUGGAUUACAAUUACAAGGUUUUCCAUUGGAUGUAUUUCCAGUUGAGUUAUUUUAUCGUCAUUGGGACAAUGUCGAGGGACAAUUUUCUUUGAUACAGCAAAUUUUGAAAAAUCCCGAUGUAUUUUGUUUCGCUGACUAUCCCUAUCAUUCGGUGACAGUAGAUGUACUGAAAGCAGCACCGGAAGGCGACAGCAAAGAAUCCCAAACUUGGCGAUCACUUAAUGUAGUAGAGCUGUUACUUCAUAUGGCUGAACGCGGACUCAAUGGACCUGUACAAGAUAUAUUUAAAUGGCCGAUCCAACACUGUCCGGAUGUACUUGUUUUAGCGUUACUCCAAAUUAACCCACCGAUUACAAUGUUACGGCAAGAAUUGCUGAGCACUUUAAUGCCAAUAUUUUUAGGCAAUCACCCGAAUUCGGCAGUUAUUUUACACCACGCUUGGCAUGCCAAUAAUUUAAAAAUAAAGUCGAUAAUAAUGCACGCAAUGGCUGACUGGUAUUUACGCGGUGAUAAUGAUCAGACAAGAUUAUCUCGAAUUUUAGACGUAGCUCAAGACCUAAAAGCUUUAUCAGCAUUAUUAAAGGCACAAAGUUUUCCAUUUGUAAUCGAUCUUGCUUGUUUGGCAUCACGACGAGAGUACUUGAAACUGGAAAAGUGGCUCGGAGACAAAAUACGUGACCACGGUGAAAUAUUCAUCGCAGCAUGUGUUAAAUUUUUACAACGAAGAUGCCCACAAGUGAUGGGACCGGGUAUUAAAGAAGACACAACCAUCCCCAAGGCCAGUCAACUGCCUCAAGAAACUUUGACAACUAUUCUAAUGGUCCUGCAACCUUGCACUGCAAGUCUGUCCCAAGAACUAGCUGAUACCAUAAUUACGAUGAUCGGAAACUGCAGUAUGAUGUUGAAGACUAAUUUAAACAGACCACCGCCUCCAGGAGUAAUGCGUCAUCCCGCAUUAGACGUAUUUAAUCCAGUUAAAUUGGCAGCUCCAUUGUUUCCAACGAAACCUAUUGACACUCUGGGUAACUUGAGCACUAAUUUAGCUUCAAUGGGUAUCGGAUCUGGUCUAGGACCGCCUAGUACCUCAGCUUUUAAUUUACCCGGUGCUUUAGGUCCUCUGGUAUCUGCACCAGGAUCUCCCUCGAGGCUAAUGGGUCCAUCGCCAAAUCCUUUUCCAAUGAUGCCAAUGUCUUCGCAAAUUCAUUCUGGACCAGUCGGUACUCAGAGCACUGCUGUGAUACCCGGUGCUGCGUCAAUAGGCGGUAAUGGACGUUUAGGCCCGCCGGCGAAUAUUGAAAAGACUAGAAUACCUGAAAUAUCAAAUUUAUUCCCCGAUAUGCCGCAAAUAGUGUCCAAAGACAUUGAAGAUGAAGCCAACAGUUAUUUUAUGGGUAUUUACAAUCAUUCACCUCAUCAGACUUUGUCAAUCGAUGAGGUGCUUGAUAUAUUAAAAAAAUUUCAGAAUUCUACUAUAAAACGCGAGCAUGAUGUAUUUCAGUGUAUAUUACGUAAUUUAUUAGAAGAAUAUCGAUUCUUUCCGCAGUAUCCUGAAAAGGAACUUCAUAUCACUGCUCAAUUAUUCGGCGGGAUUAUUGAUCGUGGAUUGGUAAAUAAUUACAUGACACUGGGAAUAGCGCUUAGGUUUGUUUUAGAUGCUCUGAGAAAACCAGAAGGCACUAAAAUGUAUUUCUUUGGCUUAGCAGCUCUUGACAGAUUCAAAAGCCGUUUAAAAGAAUAUUCAACUUAUUGCGAACAUGUAAGAGCUAUUCAUCAUUUUCUUGAGUUUCCAUCUCACUUAGUUGAGUACAUUGAAUUUGGAUUGAGCGGGCAAGAGCCGCCUCAUAAGCCUCAAGGACCUAUUUACCCAAAAUCACAUCCUCUUAUGAUGAACCAGGCUACCACUGCUUACAAAUCCAUAACUACAACGACCGCUACGAGCAACACGCAGUCAAAACCAUCCACUACGCCAACAACUUCGAUGUCUGCUCGGCCUUCUAUUGCAAAUGCAACAAACAUCGAUACACUGCUCGUGGCUACUGAUAAAGAAGAAAUGAAAAUAACAGUACCGCCAGAAACAAUGCAAGACAAAACUGCAUUCAUUUUUAAUAAUUUGAGUCAGAUUAAUUUACAAGCUAAGUGCGAUGAAAUACGUGAAAUUGUCACUGAAGAAUUCUGGCCUUGGAUUGCUCAGUACUUGGUUAUGAAACGGGCGAGUAUUGAAUUAAAUUUUCAUGUACUGUAUUCAAAUUUUUUGGAUUAUCUUAAAGUACCAGAAGUUAAUAGAUUGGUAACGAGAGAGACUUUUAGGAAUAUUAAAGUUUUAUUACGCAGUGAUAAGGGUAUUGCCAAUUUUUCUGACCGUUCUUUGCUGAAAAAUCUCGGACAUUGGCUUGGUAUGCUAACACUUGGAAGAAAUAAACCAAUUCUACAAGUUGACAUUGAUUUAAAAAGCUUAUUAGUAGAAGCGUAUAAUAAAGGUCAGCAAGAAUUGUUGUACGUCGUGCCCUUUGUCGCUAAAGUUUUAGAAAGCUGUGCCAAGAGUCGUGUUUUUCGGCCGCCAAACCCUUGGACCAUGUCUAUAAUGAAUGUCCUCGCUGAGUUGCACCAGGAGCCAGAUUUGAAGCUGAAUCUCAAAUUUGAAAUCGAGGUUUUGUGUAAAAAUCUUAGUAUUGAUGUUUCGGAAUUGAAACCUGUGAUUUAUUUGAAGGAUCCUGAGAAGAUAAGGAGUAUUGAGUACCAACUGUCUCAACCUAAUAAAAAAUCUGAGGCGUCUCAUUCUGCUCAACAACAGCAGCAACAACAGCAACAUCAACAACAACAACAGCAGGCUCAACAACAGGCUCAACAACAAGCGCAACAACAAGCGCAACAACAAGCCCAGCAACAAGCCCAGCAGCAGCAGCAGCAGCAACAACAACAACAACAACAGCAGCAGCAAGCACAGCAGCAACAACAACAGCAGCAGCAACAACAACAACAACAGCAACAAUUGGCUCAACAACAGUCACAACAACAACAGCAGCAGCAACAACAACAGUCGUCUCAACAAAAUACAAUGGAAGAAUUGGUCGGAUCUUCAGCACCUGGUGUUAUUUCUCAGCCUCAGCCGGCUAAUACAACUCCAUCUCUUCCUACCGGUCCUCCAGAGCCCCGAUUUAAUUACAUGGACAUCAAUGUAUCCAAUGUAGCCAACGUUGCUCAACAUAUAACUGUCAACAAUCAGCUUCCGCUUUUGCAAGCGAGUCCACACUUGAAACAAUUCAUCCGGCCUUCUAUCGAGCGCGCAAUUCAAGAAUGGAUUCAUCCUGUUGUAGAUCGUUCUAUUAAAAUAGCUCUUACCACCAGUGAGCAGAUUGCUAGAAAAGAUUUCGCUCUAGAUCCUGAUGAAACCAGAAUGCGUCAAGCUGCGCGUCAUAUGGUAAGGAAUUUAGUCGCUGGGAUGGCGAUGAUUACUUGCCGAGAUCAAAUAUUGGCGUCUAUUAGCACAAACUUGAAGCAGGCAUUUUUGGCAGCACUGAUGGGCUCUACCCAACAACAAAAAGAUCUCGUAGAACAGGCAGCUAAUGUCCUUGCUGGUGAUAAUAUGGAAUUGGCUUGUGCUUUCGUCCAAAAAACGGCUAUUGAAAAAGCGAUGCCGGAAAUGGACAAACGGCUGUUGAAUGAAAUUGAGCUCAGAAAAAUAGCUCGUCAAGAGGGACGUCGUUACUUUGAUCCUGUGGCUAAAUACCAAGCCGAGCGUAUGCCGGAACAAAUUCGCUUGAAAGCCGGAGGAGUAACUCCUCAGCAAAUGGCUGUCUAUGAAGAAUUUGCGAGAAAUAUUCCCGGAUUUUUGCCGCUGUCUGAGCGUGAAACUCAAGCUCUGUUUAUACCCAAGCCGAUAAGCGAGCCGACAGCAGUGACAGCUUUCGCUUCAAAUCCCGCUGUAACAUUACCAACACAACAAGUCGCUGUGUAUGCAAACGCAGCUGUCAACAACGACGAAGUUGGUACAAUGCUCGAGAAGCUUGGCAGUGAAGUUGAAUUACUUCUCACGAGUACAGCUGCCCCGCCACAACAACUCACAGGCCUCCAUGCGCUUCUGGAGUCUAUAAUCCUCACCAGAAGGUCUCGUGACGCCGGUGCUGCAAUGGCUCUCUUAAAAAGAGCUGUUGAUGGACUUUUAGAGAGCCCCUCAGCUUCAAGCAGUACCAUAGAGUCAGAAUUAAUUCUCCGUUAUCGUGAAUUGCAUCUUAGAAUUCUAAAAUGCCUCCAAGACCCACGUGCUUACGGCUUACAAUGGACAAACAAAAAUGUAGCACGUGUAUGGGCCGACGGUAGAGAAGAAUGUCGUUUUAACUUCGAAGCCGUUGACUGUCUCAUCAGGUCACACUUGAUAAGCCUUCCUCAACUCGACGGGGCACUGGCUCAGGCUAUGGAAGGAGGCAUUGCAAUGGCCGUAGCCUUCGCCAUGCAGCUAGUCCAGGUCUACUUGAUCGACGAAAGACAAACCACCCACGUAAAUGAAUCAGACUUGUACAAUGUCCUUGAAUCUUUAGCAAGAAUGGCUCAUCAUCGCGCAACACCCGACGGCAUCUCUGUAUUCCGUCUCACCAGUGUCAUGGAAUCUCUCCGUGCUAAUCAUGAAUCAGGUGUACUAGCUGACCGCUCAUCCGUGGGACCAACUGCCCACAUUCACUCGGGAAUCUCCCAAGUCAGAGCCCGUGAUUUUGACGACCCACCAGGACUGAUGGAAAAAACGGAGUAUCUGUUGCGCGAGUGGGUAACAAUGCAUCACAGUCCCAACAACUCGCGAGACCCCACCAAAGCAUUUGGUCUAUUUGUCCAUCAGAUGAACAUCCACGGUAUCUUAAAGACAGACGACCUAAUCACCCGCUUCUUCAAGCUGAGCACACAAAUGUGCGUGGAUCUUUGCUACCGUGCGCUAGCUGAGUCUAAUUUAGCGGUAUCGGCUGUAAGAGCCAAGUGUUUUUUGACUCUUGAUGCUUUUGUCAAGCUCGUAGCACUCCUGGUCAAGCAUUCUGGAGACACCUCAAACACUCACACUAAAAUAAACCUGCUUAACAAAGUGCUGGGUAUUGUAGCUGGUGUUCUUCUGCAAGAUCAUGAAAUGCGUAGUACUGAUUUUCAACAAUUGCCGUAUCAUCGCAUUUUUAUUAUGCUAUUUUUGGAACUGUGUGCUCCAGAACCCGUCCUAGAGGCUGUUAAUUAUCAAGUACUCACUGCAUUUUGUCACACUCUUCACAUAUUGCGUCCAGCCAAGGCUUCAGGGUUCUGCUACGCGUGGCUAGAACUCGUGUCUCACCGAGUUUUUAUUGGACGUAUGCUUGCGAUUACUCCUCAGCAAAAAUGUUGGGGCAUGUAUGCACAAUUGCUGAUUGAUUUGUUUAGAUAUCUGGCUCCGUAUUUGCGCAACGCUGAACUAGCCAAGCCAGUACUGUUUCUUUACAAAGGAACUCUUCGAGUUUUGUUGGUACUGUUGCACGAUUUUCCGGAAUUCCUUUGUGAUUAUCACUACGGAUUCUGCGAUGCGAUACCGCCCAACUGUAUCCAGAUGAGAAAUUUAAUUCUCAGCGCAUUCCCGAGAAACAUGCGGCUUCCAGACCCGUUUACUCCUAACCUGAAGGUCGAUAUGCUGCAAGAGAUAGCACAUGCUCCGAGAGUACUCACAAACUUUGCGUCGAUAAUUCAGCCGCUUAGUUUUAAAAAGGAACUUGAUUCUUAUCUCAAGGCUCGAGCACCUGUCACCUUCCUGUCGGAGUUGAGAAGCAACUUACAGGUGUCCCAAGAAGCUGGAAUGCGGUACAACAUACCCCUGAUGAACGCGCUGGUUUUGUACGUGGGAACUCAAGCGAUUGCUUUCAUUCGUAACAAAGGACACACACCGAAUAUGUCGACUAUCGCUCAUUCUGCUCACAUGGACAUCUUCCAAAAUCUCGCUGUUGAUCUUGAUACUGAAGGACGGUACUUGUUCUUGAACGCUAUUGCUAAUCAGCUACGUUAUCCUAACAGUCAUACGCAUUACUUCAGUUGUACAUUGUUGUAUUUGUUUGCUGAAGCUAAUACUGAAGCUAUUCAGGAACAAAUUACUAGAGUGCUUUUGGAGAGAUUGAUCGUCAACAGACCACAUCCUUGGGGCUUACUUAUUACUUUUAUUGAGCUUAUUAAAAAUCCUACGUAUAAAUUUUGGACUCAUGAAUUUGUUCAUUGUGCACCCGAAAUUGAAAAAUUAUUUGAGUCUGUUGCGAGAUCAUGUAUGGUUCAAAAACAAGUACUAUCAACACAAUCAACACAAGAACCAGAAUUGCCAGAGUGA